AUGGUUCCUACACCGAAACGCAAACAUAAAACUUUAAGUAUAGCUGAAAAGUGUGCCAUACUAGAUAGUUUGAAAGAUGGAGUGUCUGAAACUUCUCUUGCCCUUAAGUAUGGUGUUGGAAAAUCGACAAUUACUGAUUUAAGGAAAAAAGAACAGAAAAUACGGUCGUUUGUAGCUCAAACCGAGAAAGGUCCAGGUUUAAGAAAAACGCUAAAAUUGCCAGAAAAUCCAGUGCUCGAAGAAGCACUUUUCACUUGGUUUUUAGAGCAAAGACGAAGACACGUUCCUUUAUCAGGCGAAAUCGUAAUGCAUAAAGCCAGAUUCUUUCAUAAAAAACUAACAGGGUCUGAUUUCAGUGCAAGUAGAGGGUGGCUGGAUAAUUUCAAAAAGCGUCAUGGCAUACGGCAGCUGAAAGUGUCAGGUGAGAAAGUCUCUAGUAAUGCGGAGGCUGUUCAACCAUUCCAAGAAAAGUUUUUGAAAGAGAUAAGAGAAAAAGACCUUUGUCCUGAACAAAUCUACAAUGCAGACGAAUCAGGAUUGUUUUGGAAGGUUCUGCCAGAUAAAACUUUAGCCUCUUCUGCUGAAACUAGUGCUUCUGGAUCCAAGGUAUCUAAAGAAAGAAUCACUUUUAUGCCUUGUGCAAACUCGAUAGGGAAUCAUAAAUUACAGUUACUAGUCGUAGGGAAGGCCAAAAAGCCAAGAUCUUUUGGAUCCGUAAAAUUACCGGUGCAUUAUCAAGGACAAAUGCGUGCUUGGGUAACUAGAGAUAUUUUCCUGGAGUGGUUCAGAGAACAUUUCGUUCCAGAAGUCAAACGUCAUUUGAAGAAAUUACGUCUACCACAAAGAGCAUUAUUGCUCCUAGAUAAUGCGCCGGGACAUCCAGAUGCUGAAGAUCUGACUACAGAAGAUGGCAAUUUUUCCGUACUGUACAUGCCACCAAACUGCACACCCUUAAUUCAGCCUAUGGAUCAAAACGUAAUUCAAAAUGUCAAGAUUAAUUACAAGAAGAAACUGCUUAUUCAAGUUUUUGCGCAACAAGAAGAUGAUGAAAGUUUAACACUACAUGAUGUUAUUAAAAGCAUCACAAUUAAAGACGCAAUUUUUUCACUAGCGCAAUGUUGGGAUCACGUGUCGUCGUCUCUCAUCAAAAAAUCUUGGAAGCCUCUAUGGCCUGACCAAUUCAAUGAAGCAGAAAAUGGAUCAGAAGAAAACGAUGGCUCUGACGUGGAAGACAAUCUCCCACUCAGUCUUCUACGCAACCGUGGAUAUACAGAAGAAACCAUUUCCACUUUCUUGACAAUCAGCGAAGCGGAGAAUUGCACAGAACCCAUAACUGAUGAUGAGAUCAUAGCCCAACUUAGGCAAGAGACUGACGAGCUUUUUGUUGACAAUACUUCUGUUUUAAACGUCGAGAAAAUUCCUCAUUCACAAGCUAUAUCAGCACUGAAUACUUGUUUGGAUUGGGCUGACGUAAAUGACUUUUCUUUAUCCGAAGAUGCUGCGAAAUUUGAGGGACAAAGCCUUUCCUUGGUCAAUAAAUAG